AUGCUGUUAUUUACCAAAACAUGCAUUUUUUUAAUUUUUAUCAUCAUAAAAAGGGUUUUUUCAAAUAAUAACGAAAUUUUAGAUCUUGUUCAAACAUUUUCUCCUCUACAUGAUGAGGAUCCAUUACUUUCAUAUGAAGUUACUAAUGAAGAAUAUCAUCAUCAAUUAAACAAAAGGUUGCAUAAUUUAGAACUUAAAGAACUAAAAAAUAGUAAAGAAUAUUUAUAUUACCUUGCUACUUUUUUAACUUUCAGCGAUUUUAAUAACAAUUGCACAGCAAAACUAAAAGAAGUCUGCAAUGAUGAUAUAGAAAUGCUGAAUAGUGAUAUUCAUCAUAUUUGUAAUGAGCCUCAAUUAGUAUGUACUUCUUUAAAUACUCAAAUAUCUAAUGCGAUAAAAAAAACUAAAGAUGAUUUGAAUAAAGAAACAAAUUAUCAUCACUGUAGCAGGCUGCAAACUGAAUGUUUUUUCUUAGAACAAUAUGGUUCAGGAGAUCUUUCUGCAAAUUGCAAUAAACUAAAAGAAAAUUGUUAUAAUAAGGCCCGUAUGGAAGUAGCGGAAGGAAUUAUGCAUAGAUUUUUAAAAGGGACACAUAGUAGCACUUGUUUACAAAAAUUCAAAGAAAAGUGUCUAUUAUUUAGUCAUCAAAGCCCAGAGUUAUUUAGUUUGUGUAUUAGUGGUUCCAAUGUUUGUGAAAAAUUUAUUUCAGAAACUAAAACAAACUGUCAAAAUUUUCAAAUUCAGUUUUUAUCAAAACAUAAAGAAAUAACACGAGAAAACUGCAUAGUUUGGCUAAAAAAAUGCUAUUAUAACGUUUUGAAUUGUCGAAAUAUUUAUCAUAUGUGCCGUUUGUUUCAAACAAAUUGUGCAGAAAAUGGUUUUUUUUCCAAUUUUGACAGUAAUUAUAAUCUUAAUCUUCUUGAAAGCCCGUUUAUCGAUAUUGAUGAAGAUACAAUUCAAUACAGCCAUAAAAGGUUAAGUCAAUUAGGUAUUUAUGUUGAUAAAAUGCCAUCACUUCCGAAUGAAGUAAUUGCUAGCAUUUUAAUUCAAGAUGUUUCUACACAAAUCUCUAAAUGUAAAAAAGAAUUAAAUGAAAAAUGUCCUUUAGCGGAAUAUUUAGAUGUUUUUAAAGAAAUAUGCAGUAAAACUAAUAAUAAAAAUGAUAUUUGUCGAAGCAUAUAUGAUAAAACUAAGCAGCAUUUUGGAUCUUAUUCAAAAGAAUUCAGUGAUAAUAAUUUGUCGAUUUCACAAAAAUCUUUUUCAAAAGAAAAGUGUAUAGAAUAUUUACCAUUAUGUUAUUUUUUUAACGAAUAUUUUGAUGUCUGGGUCCAAAGUGAUUUAUGUAAAACAAUACGACUUGCCUGUUAUCAAGCAGAUUUGGAAAUGGAAGCUGAUAUGAUUUUAAUAAGGAAAUUAAAUGAAAAAAUAAGUUCAAGAGAUCGUUGGUCUUCAAGUUUUAACCUAACUAAGAAUUGCACAAAGCGUCUUUCUGUAGUAUGUAAAGAAGUUAUGUAUAGCAAUUAUCAUGUAUUAUAUAGAUGUCUGCAUCUACAAGAAACGUGUACAAAAUUAGCAUCCUUCGUUCAGGAGAAGUGCGAUAAAUUGCGUAAUACUCUAAAAAAUAUAAACAAUAAUUUUACACUCACUUCUUGUGGAAAGCAAAAAGAAGAAUGCAAUAGUUUGAAAUUAUGCUCAGGAAAGACUAUAAGUUUAUGUCAAAACCUCACAGCAUAUUGCAGAAAUAAAGAUGAACUUGAAAAUCUGAAACUAAAAAUACUAAAAAAUGAUACUGUUUUUUUACAAAGUCAAACUGUUUGUUUUGGUUAUCUUACAGACUAUUGUUUAAAAAACAGCUCACAUUAUACUUAUGGGUGUACUAAUGCAUCAAAGAUAUGUAAAGAAAUACUUAGAAGUGUUGAGGAUGAUUGCAAAAAAUUAUUACAGUAUGUGAAUGCUUAUAAAACACUUCUUAAUGGAGUAUCUUAUAUUACAUAUAAUCGUUGUUUUCAUUUCAAAUAUUAUUGUGUUUUAUAUAUAGGGGGUUGUCCUUAUUUGCGUGAUCUCUGUAGUAAUAUUACUAUAAUAUGUAGUAGUAUAUCAAAGGCAAGUGAGAAUUUUAAUGCAUUAGCUAAGGUACUUGGGGGAAUAUCUAAUGUUUCUGAAUGUGAAGAAAAAAUGAAAAAAUGUAAAAAUUCAGCAAUCGAAAAGGAAAGGCAACUAUGUGACGGCUCUAUUCAAUGUGAAGCUUUAAUAUCAUAUUUAGAAAAAAUGUGUGAUACACUCGCAUUAAAAGUAUCUCUAUAUUAUCAUACUAAACCUCAUUCUAGCACGGAGUGUAAAAAACUAGAAUCUUUAUGUUCAUCUAUAGGGUCUUCUUGUACUGGGGUUAACAGUAGAGUUUCUUAUAUAUGCACUAAGCUUGCUAUUAAAUGCAAGUUACCACAGCCACCACCACCAGUACCACCACAACCACCACAACCGCCGCCGCCACCACUGCCGCAACCACAUCCACAACCACAGCCACCAGAACCACCAGAACCACCACCAAAACCACCAAAACCACCAAAACCACCAAAACCACAACCGCCACCACCAUCGCCACCAGAACCACAACCUCCACCACCAAAGCCACAACCACAGCCGCCAUCGCCACCAAAACCACUACCGCCACCACCAGAGCCACCAAAACCAUCAGAACCAGAUCCAUCAAGACCAAAGCCAAAACCAAAACCGACAAAUUCAACUACAAGCUUAACUACAAGUUUACCGACUGCAGAUUCAUCAACUGCAGCUCCACCAACUACAUUGGAUACAGACACAUCUUCACGUACAUCUUCACAUACAUCAACUGCACGUACAUCAACAUCUACACGUUUAAGACCUAGACCAACAAUAUCACCUGGUGGUGGGCGAGGAAAAGGAUAUGGAAUCAGAAUACAAAGACUACAGAUAGUAGAAUUAAUUUGGGCAACUAUGGGAAUAAUAUUAGGACUGUGGAUAAUUAUUUAAGAUUAAAACAAUGCAUAUUUAUUAAUAUUCAUGUGAAGCAUUUUUGACGAUAAUUAUGUAAAACUAAUGAUUAUUUAUGAGAUUUAUUUAAAUAUUUUUGGAAAAUAU